AUGAAACGUGUCCUGGCAAAAGGCUCUCCCAUUGUCACAAAGCUCAUCCUCAUCUGGGCUCUCUCACACCUGUCUCUUGCCUUUGCCUAUAAUCCAGAUUACACAGGUGCCAUUACCCCCUCUUACUUGGUCUACUUGAAAUCCGAUUACUUGCCCUGCGUAGGAGCCCUGAUCCACCCACUUUGGGUAAUCACAGCUGCACAUUGCAACUUGCCGAAGCUCCAGGUGGUGUUGGGGAUCACAAACCCUUCAGAUAGCAGGGAACGUUAUGUGCAGGUGGUCGGCUAUGAGAAGAUGAUCCAUCAUCCUUAUUUCUCAGUCUCAUCUAUCCAAAAUGACAUCAUGUUAAUCAAGCUGAAAAAAGUGAUUAAUCUCAAUAACUAUGUGAAACUGGUCAAACUGCCCAACCAUCCUGUCCGUGUGAAUACCAUGUGCAUGGUCACCACCUGGGGCUACAACAUUUGUGAUGUCUCCAAGGAACCUGACUCACUGCAGAAUGUGAACAUCUCUGUAAUCUCUGAGAAAGAUUGUCAAGGAGGCUACAGAACCCAAACCAUCAAGCAGAAUAUGUUCUGUGUGGGCAUCGUGCCAGGAAGGAGGGUGCCUUGCAGGGAAGUCUCAGCAGCCCCCGCAGUCUGCGAUGGAGUACUCUACGGAAUCCUGUCUUUUGCAGAUGGAUGUGUCUUGAGAGCCGAUGUUGGCAUCUAUGCUAGUAUUUUUCACUACUUGUCCUGGAUUCAAAGUACAAUCCAAAACAACUGA